GGCUUGAUGGUCCCCACCUGUGAAGAUGAUUUCAUGGAGGAGGCUCUGUUGGCACUAUCAUAUGUGGACCCUGGGCUGCUACCUGCUGCUGGCUGUCAUUGCCCUGAAACUGUCCCUCAGAUUGAAGUGUGAUUUCGAUGUCAUGGACCUGGAAUCAAAGGAAUUUCAAAGCCGGUACUGCAGGGAUUUCCUGUACAAGACCCUGAAGCUGCCAGCAAAGAGUUCCAUCAACUGUUCAGGGGUCAUUCGAGGGGAGCAGAAAGCAGUGACCCAGGCUCUGUUGAAUAACCUGGAAAUUAAGAAGAAGCGGCAGCUCUUCACAGAGGCAGACUACCUUAGUAUGACAGCAGACUGUGAGCACUUCAAGACCAAGAGGAAGUUUAUACAGGUCCCACUGAGCAUAGAAGAGGCCAACUUCCCCAUUGCAUACUCCAUGGUGGUUCAUGAGAAGAUUGAGAAUUUUGAAAGGUUGCUGCGAGCUGUGUACACCCCUCAGAACAUAUACUGUGUCCAUGUGGAUCAGAAGUCUUCAGAAACGUUUAAGCAGGCAGUCAGGGCCAUUGUGUCAUGCUUCCCAAAUGUCUUCAUAGCUAGUAAAUUGGUGUCAGUGGUCUAUGCUUCCUGGUCCAGGGUACAGGCUGACCUAAACUGCAUGGAAGACUUGCUCCAGAGCCCUGUGCCAUGGAAAUACCUCCUGAACACUUGUGGGACAGACUUUCCCAUCAAAACCAAUGCUGAGAUGGUCAAGGCUCUCAAGCUAUUGAAAGGGCAGAACAGUAUGGAGUCAGAGGUACCACCUCCACAUAAAACAUCCCGUUGGAAAUAUCACUAUGAGGUGGCAGACACAUUGUACCUAACCAACAAGAGGAAGACUCCGCCUCCUAAUAACAUAACCAUGUUCACUGGGAAUGCAUACAUGGUGGCUUCUCGAGACUUCAUUGAACACGUGUUAAGUAACUCAAAAGCCCGACAACUGAUCGAAUGGGUGAAAGACACUUAUAGUCCUGAUGAACACCUUUGGGCUACCCUUCAGCGUACCCCCUGGAUGCCUGGAUCAGAUCCCUUGCACCGCAAAUUUGACCUAUCAGACAUGAGAUCUAUUGCAAGACUAACCAAGUGGCAGGACCAUGAGGGAGACAUUGAGAAUGGCGCGCCUUAUACAUCUUGCUCAGGAAUCCACCAGCGGGCUGUCUGUGUUUAUGGGUCGGGGGACCUGCACUGGAUACUUCAGAACCAUCACCUCUUGGCCAAUAAGUUUGACCCAAAGGUGGAUGAUAAUGUUCUUCAGUGUUUAGAAGAAUAUUUACGUCACAAAGCCAUCUAUGGGACUGAACUAUGA